GAAAUUUGUGUCUCCCGAUGGUAGUGAUUUUGGUACACACCUUUUGCCUGGUCGGCAUUUUGGUACAAGGCUUCACAAGGCCUCACAAGGCCUGUUGCGUUGCUAUCAUUUUCUCCAUUUCUCCCUUUUCUUCUUUUAGAGCACUGCGCCGAUCUUAACCACCCUUGAGACCGAUCACUCCUUAGCUCCCAUCGCUAUCCUUUUCUUCUUCUUUUGGAGCACUGCACCGAUCUUAACCACCCUUGAGACCGAUCACUCCCUAGCUCCCAUCACUAUACCAUCAGAAUUUGGGAAGUUUCGGCGACCAAAGCAGUUGAAAGUGAGACUUGUAGGAAAAUUAGUUUUGUGUGGAACGGAUCGAUCGAGAGAGAGAGACAUACACAUGGAGCUUCAGCAUUUCUUCCACCCCCAUCCGUUGGCCUUUAUUCAUUACUGGGCAUAUUCACCUUUUACAGCUACUUGUGAGGGGUGCUGCGAAGAAAUAUUGGGUUUUAGUUACGGUUGCAAAAGCUGCCACUUCUUCCUUCACAAAUCAUGUGGCGAACAACCUCGCGAGUUGCAACACCCAUUGCACCCGCAAGACUCUCUUAUUCUCCAGAUUAGAACAAGCCCAGAUGAUGAGCUAUGUUAUUUCUGCAAUAAAGAUAUACUCGGGGGCUUCGCUUACCAUUGUUCUCACUGUAAUUUUAACCUUCAUCUUAAAUGCGCUUCUAUACCCUUCACCGUAGAAGCUGAAUUUCACAACCACCCAUUGAAGCUCCUGCGGAAAUCAGUCUCCUUCACUUGUGAUGCAUGUGGGAAAAAAGAUGAAGACAUGUACUCUUACUUAUGUACCAAUACUCUCACAUGCUCACUCAUGGUCCACCGAAAAUGUGCUACCUUACCAUUGACUGUCAAAAAUUCCGGUCACCAGCACUCUCUCAACCUCACCAGCUCUUCUCAGGUGAACCAAUCUGACCGUCAACUUUGUCAUCUCUGCGUUAAAAAGGUGGACACUGACAGAGUUUAUUAUUGCUCAAAAUGCAUUUUCGUUGCCCAUCUUGAUUGUGCUACACGCGAGGGAUACACGGAGGAAAUAGAAAAGGAAGAUUUGGAAGUAGUGGAUGAAUCCAUUACCGAUUCAUUAGCUUAUGCUGUCAAAAAGAUCAUGAUGGGAGAGGAUAAGAUUGAAAUAGCCCAAGAAAUCAAACAUUUUAGUCAUCAACAUAACUUAGAGCUUAUUGAUGACCUUCUUAUCAACAACGAAAAAUGUGAUGGGUGUAUGCAUCCUAUAUUCCCUUCGUUUUACACUUGUGCUCAAUGUAGAUUUUUUCUUCAUAAAUCUUGUGUUGAAUUACCGAGAAAAAAGAGACAGACACUUCACUCCCACCUCCUCACCCUCUUCGCAAAGCCACCUUAUGCAGCUUAUGCUAAGUGUGGUUGUAAUGUUUGUGGUCGUGAUUGUGAUGGCUUCACCUACCAUUGUGAGAAAUGCGAAUUUGAUGCACAUGUACAAUGUAGUUUGAUCUCAGACAUCUUUACCCAUGACGGUCACGACCACCCGCUUAUUCUGUCGAGGGCACCUUAUCAUGAGAAAUGCAGUUGUUGUGAUAGAAAAGGAAAUGUUUUCAAGUGUGCUAAUUGUGAAUUCACUUUGGAUCUCAGAUGCGCUACGUUGCCGCGUACCGUGAGGUACCGAUCCUUUGAACAACCCUUCAAACUGUGUUAUAACACUGAAUAUGAUUCUACUGGUGAAUAUUAUUGUGAUAUAUGUGAAGAAGAACGAGAUCCAAAACACUGGUUCUACUACUGUGCAGAUCUCAGUUUUCCUGCCCAUCCCGAUUGCAUUCUUGGAAGAGACCUGUAUAAGAAAUAAUUGGCAUCUACAACAUACACCAAAGAAGAUGACAAUACCGAGUGGGAUGAAGAAGUUACCGCAUCCACCAAAGAAGAUGACGAUACCGAGUUGGAUGAAGAAGUUGAGGAUGAUGAUGGAGAAACAAGAACCCCUUGAGUUUGAAGAAAACCAUUCAUCCUCGUUUUUGGCCUUGUAUUCUUCCAUAACAUCUUGCGCUAAAAUUUGUAAUUCAUAUCCCUUCAAAAACAGGGGCCGGUGUUAUCCUCUGCAUUAUCUCACUCUCGGGUAUCUAAGGAGGAUGUUUUGAAGUUUGACUUUGAAUUAUGUUAAUUAAAUUUGCUGAAGUUAAUGUGUUAUGGAA